UGGCCGGCCGCGGGGGACCAUGACCGAUUACGGCGAGGAGCAGCGCAACGAGCGCGAGGCCCUGGAGGCGAUUUACCCGGACUCCUUCACAGUGCUCUCAGAAAAUCCAACCAGUUUCACCAUCACUGUGACAUCUGAAGCAGGGGAAAAUGAUGAAACUGUUCAGGCAACCCUCAAAUUCACAUAUGCAGAGAAAUAUCCAGAUGAAAUCCCCCUCUGUGAACUGCUUUCUCAAGAAAAUCUUGAGGAUAAUGAUGUAAUGGACAUCCUGAAAUUACUUCAAGAACAGGCGGAAGAGAAUCUUGGCAUGGUAAUGAUUUUCACACUAGUGUCAGCUGUACAAGAGAAGUUAAAUGAAAUGGUAGAUCAGAUAAAGACAAGAAUAGAAGAGGAAAAGAAACAGAAGGAAAUAGAAGAAGAGGAAGCAGAAAAGCAAUGCUUCCAUGGCACUCCAGUCACCAUUGAGAAUUUUCUAAGCUGGAAAGCAAAAUUUGAAGCAGAGAUCUUAGAAAAUAAAAGCAAAAAGAUGAAAGAGGAAGAACAGUCAGGCAAAAAUAAAUUAACCGGAAAGCAGUUGUUUGAAACAGAUCAUAAUCUUGAUACGUCGGACAUCCAGUUCUUAGAAGAAGCUGGAAACAGUGUCGAAGUGGAUGAAUCCUUAUUCCAGGAAAUGGAUGACUUAGAGUUGGAGGAUGAAGAGGAUGACCCCGACUAUAAUCCUGUGAACCUAGAUAGCGACUAGAUGGAAUUCGGACUACCGUCUUCUUUGAUCAGCAGGUGUGAACAACUUGUCCUAAGAGACUGACAGGAGAGCCGCAGUAUCUGUGGCUAUACCCACACCUGCUUUGGUUUCCUUUCUUUUUCUUAAAGAAAAAGACAAGUAUUUAAUGUCAGGAGACAUCUCUUCUGAUGGCUUUCAUCACAAAUAAUAAACUGACUUUAGCAGUAA